AUGAGAGCCUCAUUUGAGCGCUUCAUGAGAGUUUCAUUUGAGCUCAUCAUAUCAUUCCCUUUCACCCUCUGUCCGUUCCCUUCCCCCCAUUCCAAGCAUUCCCUUUCCCCCCUCUCUCCGUUCCCUUCCACAUUCCCUGCAUUCUCUUUCUCCCCCUCUCUCCGUUCCCUUCCUCAUUCCAAGCAUUCCCUUUCCCCCCCCUCUCUCUAUUCCCUUCCCCCUUCUGUACAUUCCCUUUCCCCCCUCUUGCCGUUCCCUUCCCCAUUCCCUGCAUUCCCUUCCCCCUCCUCUCUCCGUUCCCUUCCCCAUUCCAAGCAUUCCCUUUCCCCCCCUCUCUCCGUUCCCUUCCCCCUUCUGAGCAUUCCCUUUCCCCCCUCUCUCCGUUCCCUUCCCCAUUCCCUGCAUUCCCUUCCACCCCCCCCCCCCCUCUCUUCAUUCCCUUCCCCAUUCCAAUCAUUCCCUUUCCUCCCCUCACUCCAUUUACAUCCCCCUCCUGACCAUUCCCUUUCCCCCCUCUCUGCGUUCCCUCCCCCCAUCCGAUAUACCCUUGCCCCCCCUCUCUCCAUUCCCUUCCUCUUUCUGAGCAUUCCUUUUCCCCCCUCUCUCCGUUCCCUUCCCCAUUCCCUGCAUUCCCUUCCCCCCCCCCCUCUCUUCUCCCUCCCUCCUCUUCUUUGCCCCUCUCUCGGCUUCUCUGACCAUCGCUUGCCAUCCCAGCCCCUUCCUCCUCUUCUAUGA